GCUCCAGAUGGCGUCUUCUGUGGGCAACGUGGCCGACAGCACAGAACCAACGAAACGUAUGCUUUCCUUCCAAGGGUUAGCUGAGUUGGUACAUCGAGAGUAUCAGGCAGGAGAUUUUGAGGCAGCUGAGAGACACUGCAUGCAGCUGUGGAGACAAGAGCCAGACAAUACUGGAGUACUUUUAUUACUUUCAUCUCUACACUUCCAGUGUCGAAGGCUGGACAGAUCUGCCCACUUUAGUACUCUGGCAAUUAAACAGAACCCUCUUCUGGCAGAAGCCUAUUCGAAUUUGGGGAAUGUGUACAAGGAAAGAGGGCAGUUGCAGGAGGCAAUUGAGCAUUACCGGCAUGCAUUGCAUCUCAAACCAGAUUUCAUCGAUGGUUAUAUUAACCUGGCAGCCGCUUUGGUAGCAGCAGGCGACAUGGAAGGGGCAGUACAAGCUUACGUCUCUGCUCUUCAGUGCAAUCCUGAUUUGUACUGUGUUCGCAGUGACCUGGGGAACCUGCUCAAAGCCCUGGGUCGCUUGGAAGGAGCCAAGGCAUGUUAUUUGAAAGCAAUGGAGACGCAACCGAACUUUGCAGUAGCUUGGAGUAAUCUUGGCUGUGUUUUCAAUGCACAAGGGGAGAUUUGGCUUGCCAUUCAUCACUUUGAAAAGGCUGUCACGCUUGACCCCAAUUUUCUGGAUGCUUAUAUCAAUUUAGGAAAUGUCUUGAAAGAGGCACGGAUUUUUGACAGAGCUGUGGCAGCUUACCUUUGUGCCCUAAGCUUGAGCCCAAAUCAUGCAGUGGUACAUGCCAACCUGGCUUGUGUAUACUAUGAGCAAGGCCUGAUGGAUCUGGCAGUAGACACCUACAGGCGAGCUAUUGAAUUGCAACCACAUUUCCCUGAUGCUUACUGCAACCUAGCCAACGCCCUGGAAGAGAAGGGCAGUGUUGCCGAAGCAGAAGAGUGUUAUAAUACAGCUCUGCGGCUGUGUCCCACCCAUGCAGACUCUCUGAAUAACCUAGCCAAUAUCAAAGGAGACCAGGGAAACUUUGAAGAGGCAGUUCGCUUGUAUUGUAAAGCAUUAGAAGUCUUCCCAGAGUUUGCUGUUGCCCAUUCAAAUUUAGCAAGUGUAUUGCAGCAGCAGGGAAAACUGCAGGAAGCUCUGAUGCAUUAUAAGGAGGCUGUUCGAAUCAGUCCUACCUUUGCUGAUGCCUACUGUAACAUGGGAGACACUCUAAAGGAGAUGCAGGAUGUUCAGGGAGCCUUGCAGUGUUAUACUCGUGCCAUUCAGAUUAACCCUGCACUUGCGGAUGCCCACAGCAAUCUGGCUUCCAUUCACAAGUAUUCAGGGAAUAUUCCAGAAGCAAUUGCUUCUUAUCGCACUGCUCUGAAGCUUGAACCUGAUUUUCCUGACGCUUAUUGUGAUUUGGCUCAUUGCCUGCAGAUUGUCUGUGAUUGGACAGACUAUGAUGAGCGAAUGAAGAAGUUGGUCAGCAUUGUGGCUGACCAGCUGGAGAAGAAUAGCUUGCCUUCUGUGCAGCCUCAUCAUAGUAUGCUCUAUCCUCUUUCUCAUGGCUUCAGGAAGGCUAUUGCUGAGAGCCAUGGGAACCUCUGCUUGGAUGAGAUCAGUGUCCUUCAUAAACCACCGUACGAACAUCCAAAAGACUUGAAGCUCAGUGAUGGUCGACUGCGUGUAGGAUACGUGAGUUCUGACUUCGGGAAUCAUCCUACUUCUCAUCUUAUGCAGUCUAUUCCAGGCAUGCACAAUCCUGAUAAAUUUGAGGUAUUCUGUUAUGCCCUGAGCCCAGAUGAUGGCACAAACUUCCGAGCGAAGGUGAUGGCAGAAGCCCAUCAUUUCAUUGAUCUUUCUCAGAUUCCAUGCAAUGGGAAAGCAGCUGAUCGCAUCCAUCAAGACGGUAUACACAUCCUUGUAAAUAUGAAUGGUUAUACCAGGGGUGCUCGAAAUGAACUCUUUGCUCUCAGGCCAGCUCCUAUUCAGGCAAUGUGGCUGGGCUACCCUGGGACCAGUGGCGUGCUUUUCAUGGAUUAUAUCAUCACUGAUCAGGAAACUUCACCUGCUGAAGUUGCUGAGCAGUAUUCUGAGAAACUGGCUUAUAUGCCCCAUACUUUCUUUAUUGGUGAUCAUGCUAAUAUGUUCCCUCACCUGAAGAAGAAGGCAGUCAUCGAUUUUAAGUCCAACGGGCACAUUUAUGACAAUCGGGUUGUGCUGAAUGGCAUCGACCUCAAAGCAUUUCUUGAUAGUCUCCCAGAUGUGCAGAUUGUCAAGAUGAAAUGUCCUGAUGGAGGAGACAACGCAGACAGCAGUAAUACGGCUCUUAAUAUGCCUGUCAUUCCUAUGAAUACUAUUGCAGAGGCAGUUAUUGAAAUGAUUAACAGAGGACAAAUUCAGAUAACAAUUAAUGGAUUCAGUCUUAGCAAUGGACUGGCAACUACCCAGAUCAACAUUAAGGCUGCCACUGGAGAGGAGGUUCCCCGUACCAUUAUUGUAACCACACGUUCUCAGUACGGGUUACCGGAAGAUGCCAUUGUGUACUGUAACUUCAAUCAGUUAUAUAAAAUUGACCCAUCUACUUUGCAGAUGUGGGCAAAUAUUCUGAAGCGUGUUCCCAAUAGUGUGCUGUGGCUGUUGCGUUUUCCAGCAGUAGGAGAACCUAAUAUUCAACAGUAUGCACAAAAUAUGGGCCUUCCCCAGAAGCGUAUCAUUUUUUCACCUGUUGCUCCUAAAGAGGAACAUGUUCGGAGAGGCCAGCUGGCUGAUGUCUGCUUGGACACUCCACUCUGUAAUGGACACACCACAGGGAUGGAUGUCCUUUGGUCAGGGACACCCGUGGUGACUAUGCCAGGAGAGACUCUUGCUUCCCGAGUUGCAGCUUCCCAGCUCACUUGUUUAGGCUGUCUUGAGCUUAUUGCUCAAAAUAGACAAGAAUAUGAAGACAUAGCUGUGAAACUGGGAACUGAUCUAGAAUACCUGAAGAAAAUUCGUGGCAAAGUCUGGAAGCAGAGAACAUCUAGCCCUCUGUUCAACACCAAACAAUACACAAUGGACCUAGAGCGGCUCUAUCUACAGAUGUGGGAGCAUUACGCAGCUGGCAACAAACCUGAUCACAUGAUUAAGCCUGUUGAAGUCACUGAGUCGGCCUAAAUAAUGACUGUGUGCACAGGAGAAUUACCCUGUACCUGAGCCUCAACCUUCUGGGGGAAAGGGAACUACUUUUUCCUUAUCUGUACAAUACCAUGCUGCAGAUGGGUGACAGACAAUGAUAAGAAAUAGCACAGCCAGACUUGCUUCCUGCAUGAUCAUGAUCACGAUAGGGAGAGACACAAGAGAUGGGAAACUGCUGUUCCACAAGGAGUCUCCAUAGAAUUUUGCAGCAGCCAGGUGUCUGGAAGGUCUGGAAGGUAAGUCUGGAAGGUCUGAUCUCCCUUGGUCUUCCAUGGGAUGGAUGGUUAGUGUGGAAGGGAGAUAGAGAUUGCCCAGCCGUUUUGUGAUUAUCGUGGAUUGAUUGAGUCUUCUGAAUUAAUAUUUUUCUUUAUAUUUUGGGUAUUGGAGCUUUUAAAAAUGUUUGGUUUCAGGUAUUUUUAUUCAUGUGAAGUGUGUACGAUUCUCUUGAGAUAAGCUUUUAAGCUAAAAUAUUCCUUGUUUUAGUUUCUGAACUCGACAGAUAAAUGGGGACUUUGCUGGUAUAGUCUUUUUAUAGGUUUUGUAAACCACUUGAGCCUAUAUCAGUCAUUUUAGUGUCUGACAUAAUGUUCGGAACUAUCAGUGCUUUGUUGGUUUAUAGAUGAUGGCUUAAAUUCUUUUCCUGGUCCGUUUCCUUCUUCCCUUCCCCCUACUUUAAAAAUUCUCCUGUAACUUGGCUAACAAAAAACCAAGUCUGAUUCAAAACCUCCCAGAGUGUUUCUCUUAACCGCAUCAUCUGGUGCCAAAUGAAGAUUCUUAGGAGUGAUUAUUAAUUCUGAAGGGCACAGUUGUGGUACUGUCACUGAUGAUAAUAAUAAUGGAUUUUUGGCCUAGAGUUUUGACCUAUUUCACCAGUGUUUUACCGUUGGCUGCCCCUCUAUGCUGCUUCCAAAAGUCAUAGUGUGUGUUAAGAUUUUUACUUUCAUUUCUAAUGUUUGUUUGUUUUUUUUAGUGAGUCCUGUUCUACCCUUUUCUUUCAGCAGAAAUGAAAUCCCAGGUAAGUAUAAGUAUUCAAAUAUUUGAUCAGUAAGUCACAGUUAUCUCCAGUACAUUAAAUAACUUUCAUCAAAAAACAUGUUAUAGGUAAAAAGCUCUGAAGGACCAGCUAUGUAUAUGAUAAUUAUGUUUCAGACCUUCUAGGGUAUUAUAUAUAAUAACUUGUCUUCUGGACGUGGUCUUGAAGUCUUUAUGGAUUCAGUCUCAGUAGUAGCGAACUGCACUGCUACUUGGUUUGGAGUACAAAUUAGACUUUAGCCCUCCUGGAGGUUGAGUUUUUGGUAUUGAAAACCAUAGGAAUGAAAUUAUUGUAUUUCAACAAAGGAUCGAGGGCUUGAGGCUUAAACAAGGCAACAUACGUGUGGGAAGCAGUCAGCCUUGAGGGCAGGUAAGGACAUGCCAGGCAUGCGGCCGCUGCUCGAAGGGACUGUCCCUACUUGUUCCCCUCCUUGUUCCAUUCCAUGGGAGAUAAAUCACCAGAGCCCAGAGAUCAGAAAGAAUGUAAAAUGAGACAAGCAAAGCUGUCUCCCCCCUGCACAUGCAGGUUAUUUUUGAUGCUUCUGGGUUUAUGGGUUUCCUCCCAGGGAAGUUAACCUUGAGCCGAGACAGUCUGUAGAUAAUGUAAACCACCAUCUGGCAACCUUCCGAUUUCUAGUCUAUAUAAUCUGCAACUGUAGCAUAAUAAAAUUUGCCUUGCAACCAUCAGUUGUCUUGGUCCUUCUGACCCCAUCCGUCGGUGCUACUUCAGUUCCUUACCCCUUCCCUUCUGACCCUGGGCGGUGAGAUCCUCUUUCUCCGGCUGGUCCGCGGCAAGUGGCACUCGAACAGGGACCUGAAGCGUGAAGGCAAUUAAAAGAAAAAGAAAGUGCAGGGGGAAGGUUGGUGGCUGAGCCAAGAUUGGCCUCUCAAUCUCCGGAGGUCCUCUGGAAAGAUCCGUUAACCAGCACUUGGCGUGGUCCUGAUCCUGUGUUGAUUUGGGGACGUGGUCACGUGUGUAUCUUUCCCAGAUCAGCGCCUGGACCUUGCUGGCUUCCUGAGCGCUUAGUCAAGCAAAUAGAUGGCUCGCCACAGCUCACCUAGUUCAGAAGAUGAAGAAGCUCUGCAUCUCUCCCGAAAGUUUGACAGUGUUGAUUCAGAAAAAGAAGAAGAAGAGACCACUUGCCAGGACGACUCAAAGGAGUGAUGUUCCAACUUGGGGACAAAUUAAACAACUGGUUUCAUGAGCUCAAGAGUCAGUGAAACAACAGAAUAAUCCUGUUACACCUGUAACUUUAUUUUUGGUUAUGUUGGCAACCAUUUCAUGUGUUCCCUCUGUUAAUGCAGCAACUUACUGGGCCUAUGUACCUGAUCCUCCACUAUUACAACCCAUAUCUUGGUCUGAGGCAGAGUUUCCUGUAUUUUACAAUGAUAAGUGUUUAUGGGCCUCUUAUUGGGAAUAUAAAACAAAUCAAUAUGUCUGUAAAUUAUACUAACUGGCUUAGUACCCAUCCUGUCUGUCUUAGCCCACUGAAUCUGGAAACUGGACGUGUAAAGGCUAUUAGUUAUGAGCAUACAGAUGUUUAUGAGGGAACGGAUCAAUCAAUUAGUUUGUCAGGCUCUCCAGGCAUCCUUCGUUUUACAGGAACCAACAUUACUCUUACAUGCCCGGCUACCAGCUGACGAGAGUAUCUUAAGGAUACCAUCAUUUGGUAUAAAAUGGGCAACCUAUUAAUAUUAGAGGUCAAAUCUCAUACGCCUCACCACUUAGGGAUUCCGCUAUUACUAUAGCCAAGGUUACAGGUGAAGAUUCAGGAAAUUAUUUCUGUAUGAAGCGUUUACUUGGAGGACAAGGGAUACUUAUAGCUGGACAUAAGGUUACUAUGCUUAACAGAAAAUCAAAAAAUCAAUUGCCUCCCUUUAUGACCGUUAACUUUCCUGGAUCCACUUUUGAACGUUGCAAUGCAUCUUGGAAUAAUAACCAAAUAUGCUGUACUAUAGAUUAUACCAAGGUGUCAAUUCUUAUCUCUUCUUUUCCCAUCAUAGAUAGGUUUAUCACAUUUCAAAAGAACUGGGAUAUAUGGAAACUAGCUCUAACUUAUUCCAAUACACCUGUUAUAACUUGUGUUGCUCCUCCGUAUACACGUUUGUGUGGUUCUAUUAACAUUGGUAAUUCUUCCAAAGGAGGAUAUAAUAUUAGCUGUGUUAAUUGUAUUUUUAGCAGUUGUAUGUUCCCUUCUGCAGGAACGCAAUCUGUGCUUAUACUAAAGCAACCCAUGUAUGUUAUGGUGCCUGUGCAUCUGAGAGAACCUUGGUAUGAAGAUACUGGAGUACAGGCAUGGGUGGAACUCUCUAAAGCCUUGCAGAGAGGAGACAAUUUCUUGGGUGGCUAAUAGUAAGUUUACUUGCCUUGGCUGCUCUGUCUGCUACCGUGGCUACUGCCGGUCUUGCUCUUUCACAGAGUAUUCAUCAUGCUCACUUUGCUAAUUAGUUAUCUCAACAUAGCAGUCUUGCUUUAUCUUUACAAAGUCACAUAUAUUUACAGGUUAAUAACAAGUUAGAUGAAUUUAAAAACGCAAUUUUGGGGAUUGGAGAUCAGAUGGCAGCAUUAAAAUUGAGGAUGCGUCUAGCUUGUCAUGCAAAGUAUACAUGGAUGUGUGUUACUCCUUAAAAGUACAGUGACUGUAUUUGGGAAUGGGAAAAAGUAAAAAUGCAUCUGCUGAGUGUUUGGUCAGAUAAUAAUAUUAGUCUUGAUCUUAAGAAAUUAAAUGCUGAAAUUCAGGAUAUACAAAAUACACAUCUUGAUGAUGUUUCGCCAGAAGAUGUAAUUCAAACUUUACUGGACCAUUUAAAGUGGUUAAAUCCUCAGUCUUGGAUUACCGGAAGGUUGUCAGGCUUUAUUACCCUGGCCAUAAUUUGCCUAUUAUUGAUAUUAAUCUUCUCAUGUCUGUUUCGUAUCCUCAUGCAACAGUAUACUACUCUCGGCACUAAACUUCAUGGAAUUAUUUUGCAGCAAAAGUUAAAAAAUAAAAAUGGGGGACCUGUGGGAAGCAGUCAGCCUUGAGAGCAGGUAAGGACAUGCCAGGCAUGUGGCCGCUGCUCGAAGGGACUGUCCCUACUUGUUCCCCUCCUUGUUCCAUUCCAUGGGAGAUAAAUCACCAGGGCCCAGAGAUCAGAAAGAAUGUAAAAUGAGACAAGCAAAGCUGUCUCCCCCCUGCACAUGCAGGUUAUUUUUGAUGCUUCUGCGUUUAUGGGUUUCCUCCCAGGGAAGUUAACCUUGAGCCGAGACAGUCUGUAGAUAAUGUAAUCCACCAUCUGUCAACCUUCCUUUUUCUAGUCUAGAUAAUCUGCAACUGUAGCGCAAUAAAAUUUGCCUUGCAACCAUCAGUUGUCUUGGUCCUUCACCCAUUCGUCGGUGCCACUUCAGUUCCUUACCCCUUCCCUUCUGACCCUGGGCGGUGAAAUCCUCUUUCUCCGGCUGGUCCGCGGCACACAUGAAUAUAUGUUUUUGUCUUGCUGUACUGCACCUGUGCUGUCUAGUAACAGAUAUUUUGUCUGCUAGUAGUGUUCUAGAUUAUGUCUUUCCAAAGCGCUGAGGCAGUGCACCUAGUCUGUAGUUGCAGCUGAUGCCUGAAUGUAGCCUAGCUGACAAAUUAUUGAUUAAUAAGAACUUGAAUUUCUCAAAGAUUUGUACUGUUAACCAAAAUCUGAGCAAGGAGUCUCAAAUGUAAUUCUUAGCCAGAAUUACAUGUUAAUGAACUAUUGAACAGUGUAAAUGAAGGAACAUCAGUGUAAGGAUUUCUUUUAAUUUAUUUUUUACCUGCUUGAGAUAUCAGUUAAAGUUUGCCAGCUUGGUUGCAGAUGAAUGGACGUUUGAAGUUCACCAAACUACUUAAUGUGGGAUAGGAUAAUAGACUUCCAGCGCCCUCAAGGCUGUGACCUUGCAGCCAUUUUACAUAGCACAUCCUCCUCCUUUCCCUGGCCCGAAAAGUAGCAGCUCUGUUGAAGCUUUGCAUA